AUGACCACCGCGGUCCUGGCAGCCCCAACGACCAAGACCAAGCGUCGCGAACCGCUGCGGACGAUCGGCAUGGCGGCUUCUCAGGCGCAAUCGCGUCCUGCGUCGUCCGCCGCCGGCAGGGGCAGAGGAGAGGAGCGACGAACCACGCGACUUAGCGCGACUCAGCAGGGAUUGGAGGGGGAGAGUCCGAGCCACGACGGGAAACGGAAAGCUGAUUACGAAGAGGAUAUCGGGGGAUUCAAGUUUUCACGAGUUUCGAACAAAAAGCCUCGUCCGUCCCUUGAAGCUGCUCCGGAGAUUCCCGCGCCCGAUGAUGCAGAGAACGCGCCGCCGAAACCAUCACCGAAGAGAGGACGGCCGCCGAAGAAACGCACGGAAGAGGGGACCGCGGUGCCGAUGAAAGGGACGACUACUGAGAUUCCGACGCGACCAACUCGAGGCACUGCGAAAGCUCCAUCUGCGGAACCAGAAUCUCCAUCUUCCAAUGCGCGCUCCACGCGAAGUCGAGACACAGCAGCGGAAGCUCAGCCUGCGAAGAAGAAGAAGGGGCGUCCAGCGAAAACACAAGCCAGUGAGACAAAUGGCUUCAAAUCACCUCCUGCGGGUACGAAAGUGGCACUCCCACUGGCGGACACUCCAGUUAUCCAGCGGAACAAGGAACUGAGAGGGACGAAAGGGAACAAAGGGCGGAGGCGGAGUAGUUUGCAGAUGCGAGGACGGAGAGCCAGCUCUUUGAUUGAUUCGGGUGCUUCCAACGCGCUGCCGCAUCGAGAGGUCAGCACAGCAGAUUUCUAUAAGCAUAUUGCCGACGAUGGUCUCCCGGAACCGCGGAGGAUGCGACAACUUCUUAUUUGGUGUGCGACGCGUUCGAUCGGGGAGAAGCCGUCUGGGGCGCACUCGGAAGAUCAGAGUGCGCGUAUGGCAGCUCGUGUGAUCCAAGAGGAGCUGCUUAAAGAGCUCGAAUCAAACUCCGAACUUUCUAACUGGUUUGGUCGAGAAGACCUGAACCCGCCAGCGGUUGUGGUGAAGAGAUCGAACCCGAGGAACGUGCAGAAUGCGGAUAAGAUCAAAGAAUUGGAAGAGCAAAUACAAAAACUCCAACGGGAGAGGCAAGCCCUCAACGCUCUCCUCAAACAACCAUCAAUCCCCUCGAUACCACAGGCAGACCCUCCAUCUAAGCUCCCGCGGAAGCCAAAACGACCCUUACAGGAAGCCGAGCGCGAGCCGAGCAUCGACACAUCCCUCCUCGAUCCCUCGCAACAAGCAAUUUUAGCAUCGCUCCAGCCUUCCUCCAAAUCAUCCCAAGACGCUUCGUCUUCUUCCCCGAUAAUACUGCCACCUUUACCCCCUUCGGCCGUCUCCACGCGCCUUUCCCGAAUCACGUCCGGGCUCGCUCCCACCCUUGACGCUUUCGCUGCAGGAGUACACGACAUCGAACUGUACCGCUCGACAGCAGACACUGUUUCCUCUCGUAUCCUGCGCAUCUGCGCACAGCGCCUUGAAGAGCGCGAUGCACUCAUUGCGCAGAACCGAGCUGCGAUCGAGAGCGGUGACGGUGAAGCGAGUGCUGCUGCGUCAACAGCAGGUAACCCGCGGGAAGAUCUGGGUGUUAUCCUGGGUGCAUUGAGUCGGGUUGAGAGACGGUAA